AUGGAUAAGAGGAAGAAAGGCUCUUCUACGGAACUGAGGCUUAUGGUGGUUGGUAGCAGUGGACCUUCUCAGUUCCUACUAACCAACACCAUACUUGGGAGAGAGGAGUUUUCUAAGGAUAUCUCCUGCAUUUCUGGCAGCAGGAAGAAUACUGGAGAGCUGGCUGGUCGACGAGUGGCUGUGGUCAAUGGACCAAACAUCUAUGACAAGGAUAUGUCUCGAGCCAAGACGAGGAUGGAGCUAAGAAGGUCUAAGUGCUUAUGUAUCCCUGGUCCCCAUGCCUUUCUUGUUGCCUUUGACAUGGAGAAAAUAUCCCCGAAUGACAUAAAUACACACAGACUGAUGAAGAAACGCUUUGGAAGGCACUGUCUGAAGCACUGCAUGGUCCUCCUGGCCUAUGAAGGAAAUCUGGAGGAAGCUGCCUUGGAAAACAAAGUGCAGAAGACUGACUGGCACCUGAGAGAACUUAUCGAGAAGUAUGGUGGACGCUUUCACAUUUUCAGCAAGAACUGUAGAGAUCGCAGCCGGGACAGAGAGCUGCUGCAGAAGUUAGAGUUGAUGGUGGCCUCAUUAGGGGGUGGCUACUUCUCUAGCAGAACUUUCCAGAAGGCAGAGGACUAUGUGAAGAAGGAGGAAAAGAGGCUCAGGAAGAAGAGAACAGCAGAGAUAGAGAGGGCCUGGACUGACAUGGAGAAACGGUACGUAGCGGACGAGUUGUAUCACCAGAGGGAUGCCUACACCACCAAUGUUGGCGUUGAGAUCAGAGCCAAGGCGGAGAUGGACAAUGGAUGGCUCAGGACUUCCCUGGCCAGAGGGCUGGGGACAGGUGUGGUUGUGGGAGCUAUCAUGGGAGCACUGGUUGGGUCCAUAGAGGGGCCAGGAGGGAUGGUUCUUUAUGGGAUCAUUGGUGGUGCGGUUGGAGGAUCAGGUGGAGGAACAGCCCAGGUCGCUAUAAAGCAUAUAGAGGACAGAGUGGUUCCAACUGCUAGACUCAACUUUAACUCAAUUUUUAUCAAUCGCUUCUUUGCAGCUCCUCGACCAUGA